AUGGCUAUGAUAGUCUUAGGAAAUAGAUUAGAUGAAAUCAUUAAAUUCAUGGAAAUGAAUCACGUUAAUCUUUUGCAAAGUACACCAUCAUCAGGAAAAACUACCAUAAGUCAGACAUUUCGAGACUAUUUUUCUAAUUGUGGUAGUUUCUAUAUAAGUCUAGCUGGAUUAG